UUCGUUUCUUCAAGUCCUACAACAGGCGAAAUAGUAGAAUGGUCUUCAUAGCGUACGUAUUGUUUCCAAAAUAAAAAACAUGGUAUAAAUUUGUAACUGUGCUGAUGACUAUAUGAUUCCCUGCCAUGUUGUAAGAUAUUUCAUAUGGGAAAUUACUGUUGUGGCUCAAAAUGACUUACUACUCAGAAGAAUAGGAAUAAGAAUACAGACAAAUUAUACUCAUGAAAAGUUGUUGAUCUUAUCAAUUCAUAUCCAUUGGACCAUUGCUGCUCGAAAAUUAUUCGAUAAUGCUUGCCAUACAUAUCUAGUCUCUUUGCUUAAGAAGAACUAAUAAUUGAUGCGUUCUUGGCUCUGAACCUCUUUGAUAUUUCCUCAUUCACAGGUUUAGGUGUGAGGAACUAAUUUAUUGGAGAGGAUAUGAGAUCCAGAUGCAUAACUGAGCACUAGUUCGUAAAAAACGAAAGAUUCCCAACUGUUACCGUUCGUGUAUAUUCUUGAACUUCAAUGGAGAAGUUUCUGAAGCCAUAUGACAGGGAAUACAUGAGAUUGGCCAUGAUAAAACAUGAAGAGACAUUCAAGGAGCAGGUAUGUGAACUUCAUCGUCUAUAUCGGAUCCAGAAGAUGUUAAUGAAAAACAUUGGAAGCAGCAGGCCAAAUGGACGGAGUCAAGAACGAUGGAAUUUGAGGAAUGAACUUAUUUAUAUUCAGGCUAAUCAUCAUCAUCGUGGAGCCCAACAGUACUACAAGCCACAAAGGAAACUUGAUCUGGAGCGGCCUGCUGAGGAUUACAUUGCAGAAUCAGAUGGUAAUGGAGCUGUAGAGAUUAUAGAGGAGAGUGAGAUUGAGCUGACUCUGGGCCCAUCAAGUUUCAAUCGAGGAAAGAAACCCGAGACUCCCCUAACCUCAGAUUCCGGACCAAGCUUCUCUUCUUCCUCUACCGGAUCAAGUCGGAUAAAUAGGACUAGUUCAUGGACCCGCCAAAUGACAAGAGACGAAUUCAAUGUCCAUGAACUGGGGCUUGUCCAGAUGCCUUUAGACAUGACAACGGGGUACCAUAGAAGAAGCAAAAACAAUAUUGAUGUUGAAGAACAAUUAAGACAGGAAAUCGAGAGACGAAACCAGCCUCCUUGGCUUUUUCAAGUUUUGAGUUUGAACAUCACCUGAAAAAGUCAUCCAAGUCUAGGUGAUAUGUUAUGAAACUCAUUAUAGUCGGCUAAUCCAAUGACUAAUGUUUUGCGUGGAGUUGUCUGCUUAGUUUUCAGUAUAAUGGGUGAUGGGGUCUGGUGUAAAGUAAUUUUCCUGACUUGAAAAUCCAUCACAAAUUUACAACUGACCUCAUUUAAGUUUUUCAA